AACAUAUUUUUCAGCACAAAGAAAAAAAAGGGUCUUUCAUUCUUUUCCUUCCUCAUCAUUAAUUUCUUGCUCUGCUGCCCUCUGCCUCCCAUCAAACGUUGUCCCCUUAUAAAACCAGCUCCUUCCCCUAGUUCCCAUACUUGUUCAACCCGCUCUUUCUCUGUCUCUCUCUUUUUCAGUAAUGGCUUCUUCUUCUUCAGCGGAGGAUCACGGCCUCCUCCUCGGCCUAACCCUUUCCACCGCCCACCGCAACCACAUCACCGCCACCGCCGCCAACCCCAACGGCGUACACAGUUUCGAGCCUUCCCUCAGCCUCACCCUCCUCUCCGAUCAAGUUUCCGAUGCUGAUGCGGCGGUCAGGAAAGGAACCGGCUGUGCUCGGCAGGAAGCGUCGCCGCCCAACAGCGCGGUGUCGUCGUUCUCGGCGGCCAGCGGCGGCGGUAGGAUGGUGGUGAAGAGGGAGAGGGACGUCCUCAGCUCCACCGACGAGAUGGAGACGGCGGAGAGGGUGGUCUCGUCGUCCAGGGCCAGCGACGACGACAACGACGGAGGCUCAACCGCCGCCCGGAAAAAGCUGCGUCUCACGAAAGAUCAGUCCGCCCUUUUGGAAGAGAGCUUCAAGCAUCACUCCACCCUUAACCCCGGUUUUUUUUCUUUUCCUUCUUGGUUUCUUCUUUUGGGUUUGGAGUUUUCGCAGAAGCAAAAGCAAGCUCUGGCAAGGCAGUUAAAUCUGCGGCCCAGGCAGGUUGAAGUUUGGUUCCAGAACAGGAGGGCCAGGACGAAACUGAAGCAGACGGAGGUGGAUUGUGAGUUCCUGAAGAAGUGUUGCGAGACGCUGACCGACGAGAACAGGAGGCUGCACAAGGAGCUUCAGGAUUUGAAGGCUCUCAAAUUGCCACCACCGCAGGCCGCAGCUGCGGCGGCGGCGCAGUUUUACAUGCACAUGCCGGCGGCCACCCUCUCUAUGUGCCCCUCCUGCGAGAGGGUCGGUGGCCCCGCCGCCGGUGGCGCUGAUCAUCAUCGUGGUGGUGGUUCUGAUGGUAGUAGUGCCUUCUCCAUUGCUCAGAAGCCUCAGUUCUUCAAUCCGUUCACGAAUCCCUCUGCAGCGUGCUGAUUUGUCGGGGGAAGAAAACGACAACCUCGACAGAACCAAAAAACAAAAAGAAAAGGAUGCAUGUUGUCUAGAUAUAGGUAAGAAAUGAUCAAAAAGGAUAUUAAUUAUAGAUGAUUAUAUACAAGGAGAAAGGAUUUCAGAGAAGAAGAACAUAUAUACAAAGAUUAAAGGACAAGUAAACUUUAAUUACCCCUACAAUCCCUCUGUUUUUUUGGUGAGGGGAUGGUACAAGUGGUGAAAGAAGACUAAUUACUGUAAUUAACUUUUUGUUACUUCUUUUAGAAGAAGGGAGAAAAAAAGGUUAGUUAGAAUAAUGGUAGAGGUUGUUUCUUUCUUUAUUUUACCGCUUAGUUACUCCUACUUUCUGUACUUACAACUUCCAUGUAUAUAUUUAUUGAUUUGUAUCGUUAAUAUUAUUUUCGUUUUCACGGUAAACCUACAUAUAUAUCAAUCCACACACACU